GUAGACAAAGCUGAAAUAUACUCAACACAGCAAAGAUGCAUAAGCUGGUAUUCUGCUGUCUCAUUAUUAUCAGCUUCUCCUGUCCUCUCUCGUCUCUCCCCAUCACCAACGCCAGUGAGAUGUCUUAUCAACUCUCAGGUGACGAAGAUUCGAGAUUAAAUCUGGAGCGGUUGGGCAGCCUAGGAAGCGCUUCCCAGCUUCAGUUUCUGCCAGAGCUCUUGGGCACACUGACUGAAGACAACAAAGCAGGUCUUAGCCCCAGCAGCUACAACCCAAGGGAAAAUAUCAAAGAGACUUUCUACGGAAAUCAUCCUCGAAUUGCUUUGCUGGGCCGCUUCUUGACCAAGGACAGGAAACAGUACAAGAAACGUGGGAAUCUUUCUGAGUGCUUCUGGAAAUACUGUGUGUAAACAGGAGAAGAAACUCUCCCUGACUUUGGUUGCAUAAUUUAUACAGAUGUCUGAAAACAUGUAUAUAGAUUUGCUUGAUUUAAAAUGAGAAUGAAGAAACAUGAAGACAGCUCCUAACUUUAGACUCUACGCUACUUGGAAAUUAAUAAAUUCUUGAUGUUUUGCAA